ACGCAAACACUUAUUGGCUGCUAGCUAUUGGCUGCUGGCUUGGCGUUAGCGAUCCUUGCGGUGAUAUUUAUGAAUUAUUUUUUGCAUUUAUGCAAUGAAUCAAGCAGAUGAAAAUGUGGCAGAUACGGUUGUUAUUGGUGCGGGUUUAAGUGGACUGUGUGCAGCUAGACAAUUGGAGAGACAUGGUCACAAUGUGCUGGUGCUGGAAGCAAGGGAAAGAGUAGGAGGGAGAACCUACACAGUACAGGAUGAAGAGCAUGGUGCAGUGGAUCUCGGGGGUGCAUAUGUGGGCCCCACCCAGAACCGUGUAUACAGGCUUGCACGAGAACUUGACCUCUCUGUCUAUAAGGUCAACUAUAAACAGAAAUCUGUGAUGGACAUCAGGAAAUGCUGGGGAGAGUUCAUGGGCACUGUACCACCAUUUUGGAAUCCAAUCAAACUUCUAGACCUGAACAGCUUCAUACGCACCUUUGAUGCCAUGGCUGAAGAGGUCCCUCUGGAAGCCCCAUGGAGUGCCCCUAAAGCCGAGAAAUGGGACCGCAUGACUGUGGCCCAGUUUGUAGACAAAAUCAUCUGGACCAGGUCAUGUAAAGAGUUAGCUGAUAUUUUCUUCCGCUCAAUCCUGUGUGUGGAGAUGUAUGAGAUUUCCCUGCUGUUCGCCCUGUGGUAUGUGCGGAGUGGGGGAGGUGUACUCAGGAUUGGCUCAGUAACCAAUGGGGCCCAGGAGAGAAAAAUCAAGGGUGGCACUCAACAGAUCAGCCAAGGUCUUGCCAAGCUGCUGGAAAGGGAGGUAAAACUGUCAUGUCCUGUUGUGAAAGUCUCCCAUGGGGAAAAAGGUGCUUCUGUUAUGGACUCCCAUGGCAAUGUUUAUAAGUGUAAAUAUGUUAUAAGUGCUGUACCCGUGACCUUGCUCAACAGAAUGGAGUUUGAGCCUCCAUUACCAUCGAAAUACAUGCAGCUGAUACAGAGAAUGCCCAUGGGAUCGAUCAUUAAAACUGUGAUGUUUUACAAAAAGCCGUUCUGGAGAGAUAAAGGUCUGAAUGGUAGUGCAAUGUCAUCAGAGGGGGUGGUAGUGUACUGCCUGGAUGACACUAAGCCAGGUCAAGAACACCCGGCUAUCAUGGGCUUCAUUCUGGCUCGCCACGCCAGGGCUCUAGCCCAAGCUUCAAAAGAAGUCAGGAAGGAGAGUCUAUGUGCCCACUACGCGCGGGUGUUCGAUUGUGAAGAGUUUCUUCACCCUGUUGGAUACAUGGAGAAAAACUGGAUGGAGGACCAGUACUCGGGAGGAUGUUACUGUGCCGUGCUGCCCCCAGGGGUGCUCACUACAUACUCCAGUUGUCUUCAAGACAGAUGUGAUUGUUUGUACUUUGCUGGCACUGAGACAGCUACACAGUGGGCGGGGUAUAUGGAAGGGGCUGUGCAGGCUGGGGAAAGGGCUGCUAACCAGAUAUUAUACCACGAAGGUAAAGUGUCCAAGUAUGAGAUAGAUCCAGAUGAGCCUGAUUCCCGCGACUACCCAGCAGCACCGAUCCCUUUCAGCUACCUAGAGCACUAUUUGCCAAGCCCCGGGGCGGUGCUAAGAUUUGGCAUAUUUUCUGCACUGGGUUUCCUCUCGUUCAGUUUUUAUGUUUUCAUGUUCAGUUGGAAGGGGGCGAUGUUUUACAAAUGGUUCAAAUGGAGAUACGAUGUUGAUGAUAUGACGAUGAAAACAUUGUACAAAAAGAUGCAUGUACCCAGUAGAUUGCCCUUUUUGAAAAGAUAAGUUUUUUAAUACUUCUUAAAGCUGCACUCUCACAGAUUUACCAUUUUUGCAACUUUUUUAAUUUUUGUCUUGGAAAGAGAAUUUUUUUGCAUAAUCUGCAAACCAAUGAUUUAAGACUACUGACAAAAGAUCAAAUCACAGAUGUUCAUAUUUCCAUUCGAAAAUUAAUGUUUUAUAGCUUAAACCUAUGGUUUAAGAAAAAUGCAUAAAACAUCAAUUUUCGAACUUAAAUAUAAAAAUCUGCGAUCUAGUGUUUUUUCAGCAGUCUUAUAUAACUGAUUUCCAUGGACUUUUGGACAAACAUUGGCUCGUUCCAAGACAAAAAAAUAAAAAAGUUGUCAAAACGCUAAAUCUGUGAGAGUGCAGCUUUAAUACUUGUGCAUUUAUGAGUUUUAACAAGUAUUUGUCUUUAAAUAAGUUAAGUCAUCGAUCAUUAGGAUGCUAAGAUGUAUUAGUGCCUUGUAGACAUAAACAUCGACCUUUUUAUGUUUAAUUUAUAUUGAUUUACCAUUUAGGCAUUGUACUAUUUAUGCAUGGAUUAAGUUUUAACACCAAAAUGACACUACUAUUAUGAAAUUACAUAUCAAAGGGAGGUAAUAACACAAAGAUUUACUAUUAUCAUAUAUUUUAUUUUCUUGUUUCUUAAAUGACAUAAUGCCUAUAUUAAAUGAGCUAUCUGUUGUAAUUUUAUCAUGAAACUUUACAAGUGCCAUGUUUUGUAUUAAUGAUGGACCUAUCUUUGAAGGUCCAAUAGUUGCUGUUUAAAUGUUUUCAAAUGUAAAAUAUCUCUGUUUGACUUGGGUUUUUUUAAAAAAACAUAUAAAUGUGAUAAUUUAUUACAUGAGAUUAAUUUUAUAAAAAAAAGUGUUAAAAAAAGAAGAAAAUAGGUAAAUAAUAUUGCGCCAGCAGCAGGAACCAGGGGCGGUAUUCAUAAAACUUCUUCAGUCAUUUCCAAACUUAAAUCAUUUCCCUUAUAAAUGUAUCUCUCUUUUUACAUGAUAUAAUAAGUUAAUUAUAUCUGAAAUACUUUCUUUUCAAUACAGCAGUCAUAGAAAUUUGACUUUUGGAUGGACAAGCCCAAAUUCUUAUACUAUUGCUAGGCAUCAAAUUUUUUAACAAACCCUGCUAUAUAAAAUUCAGAAUUUGAGCAAGCCCGGAAGACAUUUUACCAUUGCAGGGCUUGCACAAGGCUUGUGCUUAUUUCGACCACUGAAUACAUUUCCAAAAAUUCAUACUAUUUGGUUAAAAUUUCAAAACACAGAUACUAUUCUUUUAGUUUGACUACAGUAUAAAAGAAUUAUAAAAUAAAAUAAUAAAAAAAAGAAUUAAGAAAUUUAUGAAUACCACCCCCGUCCUGCAGUUGGGAACCCUAUCCCUGGUACCAUGGUUGACAUAUACUUUUCAUUUAAGUUUUAUGAAAGAUAUAAACACAAUUUACUAUUAUAGUGGAUUAAGUCAACAAUUCAUUGAAAGCAGGUGCAUUUAAAUAUUUAUGUUCUUGAGGUAAGUUGUAGUUGAACAGUUAUCUCUUUGCAUGAGUCUUUGCCAACAUGUUUUAGUCUCAGUCAGAAGGUAAAUAGGAUGUGUUCAAGAGGUCGGUCUUAUGCAACCAGGCCCCAAACAUCACAAAAAUACCCAAGUCAAAUCUCAAUCUCAACUUAUUUACCAAAUAAAAGAAUAGUAUAAUUCAAAAUCUUGCAUGUUUUUAUACUUUUUGAUAAUGAUUUUUUUCAUAGAUUGUUAUGAUAAAUAGAAAUUGUCAAAAUUUCAAAGAAAACUGAUUUUAGAGCAAAAAUAUACAUGAGUUAUUCUUAAAAAACAAUGAACUGUACUCAAAUACAUUUUGCCUGUAGAAUAUUUUUCACUUUGAAUCUUGACCAAAGGCCUAAAUCAACAUAGUCUAUGAUAGAAUGCGCUUUUUAAAGGUGUAGAAACAUGUAUGAUUUUUGACAACUUUUGAUGCUAUGUGGUAAAAUGGGUUGAGACUGAGAUUUAGAUUUGACUUAAGACUUUUCGUCAUAUUAGGGCCAUUAAUUCAUUUCUUUAUAAUGGUGUUCCCGAGAUACCUCAGAAUUGACAAUUUUCAGAUGUUAGAACCCCCUGUUUAUUCUGAAAAUAAUAUAAAUACUUGAAAUACAUUGGUUUAAAACUCUAACUGUAUGAUCAACUAAACUUCAGAUGAAUACAUGAUUGUAUGAGUUAAAACUUCCGUUUUGUUUUAUUUGUGUUUUGAUAUUGCUUUAUAGUUAUUGUUAAUGCUUCAAAUAAACUCAUUUUUAACACCAUGUACUUCACAUGAACUGAAGUUAUGUUUUCUAUUUGUUAAACAAACACUUUUUUAUAUGCAUAUAUCUUCAUCUUAAUGUAAUUACUCAAUAUCUGUUUUCUCAUAUGCACUUAAUUGUCUUCUUAGCUCUUGCUUAAAAGCUGCACUCUCACAGAUAGGUUUUGACAACUUUUUUUUAUUUUUUGUUCUGAAACGAACCAAUUUUGGCAAAAAUGCAUAGAAACCAGUUAUAUAAGACUGCUGACAAAAAAUAGAUUGCAUAUUUUUAUAUUUAAGCUAAAAAAUUGAUGUUUUAUGCAUUUUUCUUAAACCGUUAGUAACGGUUAGUAACGGUUUAAGCCAUAAAAACAUUAUUUGUCGAGCGGAAAUAUGAAAAUCUGUGAUCUGAUCUUUUGUCAGCAAUCUUUUACCAUUGGUUUGCAGAUAUUUAUGCAAAAAUUUGCUCUUACCAAGACAAAAAAUUGUUGAAAAGUUGCAGAAACGGAAAAUCUUUGAGAGUGCAACUCUAAGAUGACGAUGUGUAAUUUGAAACAUUGGGUUAAUUAUAGGGCUUUUACUCAAACGUGAGAGUAAGGUGUUUAUUGUCCCAACUAAAACCGAUGAUGCUGUACACUGAACAUGUACCUUCCAGCUUAACUCUUGUUACAAAAAAUAGUAUAAAAAUAUUAUUUUUAGGAAUUGAAAAUCAGACUAUAAUCACUCAUCGAAAUAAUUGGUAAAGUUAUUUCAAUUAGUUAUUCAUUUCAUAAUCAAAACUUAAACUCUAAAUAGAAGAUAGUUAUCAGAAAUUAACUGAUAUUUACUAUUAUAUAUAAAACAUUUACUUAAAUAAUACUAAUUGGUUGUCAGAUUCAUGGAGUAAACCAUUAUGCGUUAAUUACUUAUUUUUAGCUAUCCAGAAGUAGGAUAUUAUUUUAGGAAAUAUUCAUUUAUAAAUUUAGUAGUAGUGAUAAUCGAUUUUUGCAAAAUAAUAGUUUAAUAUUUCCGUCUGGGGUAGCAAACGAUCGACUUUUCACAUCACUCGAUCAUCAUUUUAUCUCUAUAACUAUUUUGCACUUGUUUGGUGUUGUCAGUCCGUCCGUCCUUCACAUUUUUUCUUUCUUGAAUCAUAUCAUGCUACGGAUUGAUCAGAUGAUGUUAAAACUUGGUCAGAAAAAAAACUUAAAAUAUCGACCGCUUGUAAAUAUGGGUCACAUGGGAUCAAAAACUAGGUCACUAGGUCAAAUCUUAGAUAUUUUAGUCUAAACCGUAUCAUCAGCACCAUAUCUUGGUAUUGGCGAGAUUAUUAGCAAACUUGGUCCGAAUGUUCUCAUUAAUCAUGUUCCAAUUGGUACACAUGGAGUCAAAAACUAGGCCACAAGGUCAAAUCUUAGAAAAAUCUUUGAAACUCACUAGAGGCAUAAUAUUUGGUCCACUAUUCAUUUAACUUAAUCAGAAUGUUUCCCCCAUGAACUCUUUAAAAAUAGUUUUCGACAACUAGGUUGUUUGUGAACAAACAGAGGUAAUAUAUACGCGCGAAUCAAAAUGAAACUGUUUCGAAAUUUUCCGCAAUGAAAUCUUGGGUUAGUUUGAAACUAGGUCACAUGGGGUCAAAAACUAUGUCACUAGAUCCAUUCGUAGAAAAAACCGUUGGAGCAAUCUAUAAGCUAUAUUUCAUGUAAAUUAAUCAGAAUGUUUACUUCGAUAAGAUUUGUUUAUAAGUUUGAAACUGGUUAUUAAACGUGGUGUCAGCAUCUAGGUUCCUAGGUAUAAUCUAAAUGCUACGCUAUUUACAAUAUUCCUUUAUUUCAAACAGUUGCUUACAAACUCAUAACCAAUCUUCAUAAGAGUACACCACUCUGCAACCGUAUUGCAUGUUUUGGUUGGAAUAUUUUACCAACAAGUCAUUUCGAUGCCAUCUUUGUAUAAUCUGGUUGAAUUCAAAUCUUAUUGAAAGACAAUUAUCGGCUAAAAACACUUUUAAAACGUAUACUUGACGAAUAUGUUUCACCAUGAAAUAGUUUUAACAAGCAAAUCACGUUAUGCAGAGUAUGUUAUACAUUUAAACUUAUCUUUCAGACAAUUGAAAAUUAUGGCUCUUUAUAAUUCCUGGCGAUUUUUUGUAAUCGAAAACAUAUCCUACUUGUGUUUCUAUGGAAAUGCUCCAAUGCACCACUUUGCUAGAAAAACAGCUUUGUUAUCAUUGUCAGGCGGAGAAAACCUCAUUGAAUCAUUAAGUUAUUUCAGUCAACUCAAGAAAUCGUCUGUAGCGAACUGCAGUACAUUUAAAAAAUCUAAUUGGUUGGUAAUCAUAUCAUUGGAUAAAUAUUGGCCAAUCAACUGAGUGCGAUGAGAGUACAUUUCAUUUGACAUUCCGGGUGCGAAAACUAGAUUUUUGCCUAGUCGAUCCCUUUGUACUUUAAACUUCCUGGUGUAAGCUUUAUGCCUUUGCAUAAUUAUGUUAUAUUUGAUAUCUGCAAUUUUAUGCAAAAAAAUCGAAGCUGAAUACGCUCCGAUACACGAGGAAUUUUCCUGGGUUUUAAUUGGUAAUUAAUACUUUAAAUUUCCCAGUAGCACUCUCUACUGCAGAGCGCCAUGCAACAAGAGCCACUGGUACCAUUUUUUACGACUUUCCGUAUGACGCGGUUGGGGAUUGAGUUCGAUUAAAAAUAACUGGUUUUAAUUGUAAAUGAUCAAAUUAUUAUUAACUUCUUUCUUGAUAUGUGGUCUAUAUUUCAUCAUGUUUUAUUUUGUUAAAGUUAAUACAUCUUUAAUAUGAAUUAAAUCAAAUCAAUAAGUAAUUUGGUAAAUAAUUUUAAAAUAGGGUACAAUAUACAUUAGGUUCAUAAAAUGCUUGUGUUUAUUCCUUGAUACAAUUCCGGGAUAACAUGAAAUAUAUAAUCAGCGAGUUUUCUUAUUGUGUUAUGUUAUUUGUGGAUAACAGUUCAUAAAAAAAUAUUCAAAUCAUCACCAGAUUCAUACCAGUUAAACAAAAAUGGUUCUUUAAAUUUGUAUAUUUUUUACAAUAAAAAUUGGCAUGAUACACACAAUCAAUUUUGGUAAUAGUGUAGUUUAAUAGACAAAAAAUGCACAAUCGGCCAUGCAGUGCAAUGUCAAACUGCCUUCCUAGAUCAACGUGUAAAUCAUGGUAAGAACAUCGAAAUUUUGCAUUUGCAAUUUUAUGCUUAACUGGCAUUUCUAUCAGAAGAUAUCGUUCAUGUUCAAUCAGCUCUCGAAAUGAUUCAUUGUAAUGAAAGCAUCUGCUAACCCAUUGAUAUCCUAGUCAAACUUGAUUCUAGUAGCCUGACUUCAUGCUGUAUUUGUAAUGUUGAUAUUUAUGAUAGCUUUUAAUUUUAUAUUCAUAUAGUAUAUGUGAUAUAAAAUUUGUACAGCGUUUAUUGUAUAUAGAAAAUAAAGUUAUACAAAUC